AGAAGGAGGAGGUUCCGACAGCAAUACACGGCCACACGGAGCUUACACCGCACAUGAUGGGAUGAUAGGUCGACGCUGGGACCAAAACGGGUCGGAGUAAAUCAAUGAAUUCCCGAAGCAGAGGAUUUUCUCCGGAAGAUAACGGUACAGCAGCGCAUGCGGAGCGAUCGAUGAAUGCCGCAGUCUGGAUGAAAAGAGAUGGCAACCGGACAAGACCCGUGGUUGCCAUGGGUGAUAGUCAGUCAUGACUGUCUCGGCAGGAGGGUCUUCCAGGUCCCUUCGUCUACCAUAAUCAGGUCCAUCAAGACCCUGAUUUAUGAAGAAACAGACUAUCCUGUGUCUCAGCAGCAGCUGUUCCACAAUGGAAAAAUUGUUCAAGAUGGAGUUGAGAUUGGGAACUUGGUGCCAUACGGCGGCCAUGAAAUAAUCAUGACACUGCAUGGACGAGGUCCGAGAGGAGGAGGGAGAUUUGGUCAGACUACGCCACCUUUGGUGGAUUUUUUAAAAGAUAUUUUGAGAAGAUAUCCAGAGGGUGGACAGAUUCUAAAAGAGCUGAUUCAGAAUGCAGAGGAUGCUGGGGCCACUGAGGUCAAGUUUUUGUAUGAUGAGAUGGAGUAUGGAGUGGAAUCACUGUGGUCACAUGAUAUGGCUCAAUAUCAGGGAACAGCGUUGUAUGUCUAUAAUGAUGCUGUCUUCACAACAGAAGACUGGAAUGGUAUUCAGGAGAUUGCACGGAGUAGAAAAAGGGAAGACCCUCUUAAAGUGGGAAGAUUUGGAAUUGGAUUUAACUCAGUCUACCACAUAACAGAUGUUCCUAGUAUAUUCAGCGGGGAUCAAAUUGCGAUGCUGGACCCUCAUCAGAUGUUGUUUGGAGUCCAUGAGUCUGGCCAGUGCUGGAAUCUGAAGUCUGACAUAAAAGAAAUUACCGAGCUAAACGAUCAGUUUUCCCCUUAUUUUGGCUUGCUUGGUAGCUCAGAGAAAACCAUUAAAGAUGGCAACUUUCCAGGAACACUCUUUCGCUUUCCCCUCCGAAUGAAACCCUCACAAUUAAGUAACAACAUUUACAAUAAAGAGAAGGUUCUGGAGCUAUUUGAAUCCUUCAAAGUUGAUGCAGACACGGUAUUGCUCUUUCUAAAGAGCGUACAGAAGGUCUCUCUGCAUGUACGAGAAUCAGAUGGAACUGAGCGGAUGCUUUUCCAGGUCACAGCAAGCGAUAGCCAAGAAGAUAAGAUGGAAAGGCCGAACUCUCUAAAAACCCUGGGACAGGCUAUAGAUAGCUACAGUAAUGGCGUACUGAGCAGUUCGGUCACCUGUGCCACCUACCAGCUCUCCAUUGAAGCGCGGGAUGAAACUGCCAAGGAGACUCAGAAAACCACCUGGUUGGUGUGUAACAGUGUGGGAGGACGAGGCAUGUGCGGUGAACUGGAUUCUCUUGCCGAUGACCUAAAGUUUAUCCCAACCAUUGGUAUUGCCUUGCCACUCAAUCUUAUUGAUGAGGACAAAGGGGCAACUUCUAGUUUCUCAGGCCGUGCUUUCUGUUUUCUCCCUUUGCCCCUUGGAGAAGAAAGUAUGACAGGAUUGCCAGUCCACGUCAGUGGUUUCUUUGGAUUGACAGACAACCGUAGGAGCAUUAAAUGGCGGGAGGUGGACCAAUGGAGGGACCCAGCAGCUCUUUGGAACGAGCUUCUCAUAGUCACCGUCAUCCCAAGGGCUUACUUCACACUCAUCAUGGAGACCAUCCAGCGAAUCCAAGCUAAGAAGGACCAAGAUUUUCCCCUUUCCCCCAGAGGUAUAUAUGGAGCCUGGCCUGAUCCAGGCAGAAUUCGACCUCGCUGGAAACCCAUUCUUGAACCCCUCUUCAAUGACUUGCUUCAGCAGCCGAUCAUCUACUCACUCAGCGGGAGCUGGGUUCAGGUGGAUGAAACUGUGUUCUCAGACUUGGACUCAAGCACGGACACUACAGGAACCAUCGUCAAAUACCUUCAAACCUCAGGGAUGAUGCUGGCUCAGGUGCCGACCUAUAUCGAUGAAGCACUGACCAUGUUUGUCACCAAGCCAGGGAGCCUGAGGAGAGUGACCCCUUCUUUUGUGCGUCAGACUCUGAGGAAAUGUCGCCACAAAGGGCCCUCCAAUGAGAAGUUGCUUCUACUAGAGUUCAUCCUUAGCGAUUCUUCCUACAAUGACCUCAUUGGACUGGAGCUUCUGCCUUUACAGGAUGAGACUUUUGCUGUGUUCUCGUCUUCUGUGAAUGACAAGGAUGCUGUCUACAUCGCCUCGCAGGAGUAUCCCAGGUCACUUUAUCCAGGACUAGAGGGAAGAUUUGUCUUGGAAAGCAUUCCCCCGCAUGUCAUGACCAGCCUGAAAGAAGCAGCCAAAAGCAGAGUUCAACAAUAUCUUUGGGGUUGUUCAGGGAGGCCUUGCACUCAGGUUCAAGUGCUGACCCCAGAGAGAUCAGCACGCCUCAUUAAAGAAAUCCUUACUACAGCAUGGCCUUCUAGAGACUUUGCUGUUCAGUGGAAUCCUCGUGAUCAAGAAAAGAAGCACCCAUCAGCAUCUUGGCUCAGAAUGAUUUGGAAGCAUCUCUACAUUAACUUUGCAGAUGAUCUUAGUGUCUUUGAAGAUUUGCCUUUGAUUCCAAAUGUGCCACUGGCUGACACCUUGGACUGUCUUGAGCUACUGCGCCUGAAAUCUCCAUCACCCAUCGUUCUUGUAAAUGAAGAAGAAGGACCUCCUUCAGAGGAUUUACUUGAAGUUAUGAAAAAGCUUGGUUGUGUGAUCUUAAAGCAAACUGAUCCCUGCUUGCACCACCCACUCUUGAAAAAUUACAUUCACCAGUCUUCUCCAAGCACCCUUCUACAAAUUAUGGACCGGUCUUCAUCCCAGAGAUUAGCCAGCCAAGUUUCUUCUCUCACUGUCAAACAAAGGCUUGCCCUCAGAAGCUUUUUAGCAGGGCUUACUGAUGUCACAGAAAAAGAGAAACGCAUAAUCCAAGAGCUUCCCAUUUUUGACAAAGUUGGACAAAAGUCAAAGACGGAAACUUCACCUUUAACCUUACUGAAAGGAGCCAGAGUAUUACACCAUACUGCCAAGCAUCCAUUAGAUGUGAAAUUGUCCAUAAAUGUUGUUGACUGCAGUGAUGAAGCAACUAUUCGUCUAGUAAAACUGUUGAGCAUUGAACAAGUGAAGAGCACAGAAUGUUUAAAGGUAAUAAUUCAGGACAUUGAGAAAGGAUUCUACACCAAAGAGGAAGUCACAAAAAUCAUGCUGUGGGCUCUUACCCAUUUGUCUUUUCUGAAGAAUGAAAACAAGGCAGUAAUUAGUUGGCUUUCCUCAUUGAAGUUCAUUCAUACCGCUUCAGAAAAACUUCACUCACCAACAGAUUUUUUUGAUCCAGAAUUGGAGAUUUUGCAGAACCUUUUCUUCAUGGAAGAAAAGGUAAGAUUUCCCCCAGAUGACUUUAUGUCAUCUCCAGAUGUCCUUCAUUCACUCAGACAACUAGGGCUAAAAAAUGAAGUUCAACUCAAUGAAAAAGAUGUUUUUCAGGUUGCCAGAAAAAUUGAAGAGCUGCAGGGGAAUAGCAAGCCAGACUGGGAUCCCAUUUUAAAGAAGGCAAAAACACUCCUUACUAUUCUAAAUAAACAGACAAAGUUGGUGAAGUCCUCUGAGGUUCAGACAAAUCUGCAAAAAUUGAAAUGGGUCCCUGUUUGCAAAGACAGACCUUUGAAUUACCCAAAGUCACUUGCUUGGAGAGGUGAUUCAUGCAAUAUUUCCUCUCUUUCUGAAAUGUGUGAUAUUUCUCAUGCUGUACUUGUUGGUUCUUCAGUUUCCCUAGUUGAACGUACCUCUGCUGGCAUGAAAAAAGCUCUGAAGUUGUCAUUAGAGCCUCAAGUUGACCAAGUGCUCCAGCAUUUGAAAGCAGUAAAUGACUGGCAUCAAUCUCAAGCAUUUACCACUGAGGACUGGUAUCAGUUUCAGCAGAUCUUGUGUGAGAUAUAUGAAUUUAUGCAAGCUCACUUGGAAGAUGCAAGGGAAGCCUUGAAGUCUCUGUCCUUUGAUUGGGUUUGGACAGGGAAAACAUUUGCUUCCCCUGGAUGCACAGUUUUAAAGCCCAUACCAGAUUUGGACCUGCAGCCUUACUUGUACUCGUUACCAAAGACUAUUGCAAAAUUCAACAAGCUUUUUAAAUUCUGUGGCUCCAUUGAAGAAGUUGUUCCAAGCCACGUGUUUGAAGUUGUCAAAACAAUUAGACAAAGGUGUGAAGAGGAUAUGACAAAACAAGAGUGUAAACGCAAUGUCCUGCUCCUAAUUAAUAUUUUACGGUGGCUGUACAGCAGUCAAAUAUCAGUUGAUGCUGACAUGCAUGUCCCCAUUCUUUACCACAAAGAUCCAAGCAAACUAGUUAUGAAACCUAUCCAUGAAUGCACUUACUGUGACAUCAAAGUUGAAGACCUGAAUGACUUACUAGAUGAUGUUUCUGAGCCCAUCAUCCUUGUCCAUGAUGACAUUCCAAUGAAAACCGCUGAAUGGUUGAAAGUCCCAUGUUUGAGCACAAGAUUGAUAAACCCAGAGAACCUAGGAUUUGAACAGUCAGGUCAAAGAGAGCCUCUAACGGUGAGAAUAAAGAACAUUCUAGAGGAAUAUCCAUCAGUUGCAGAUAUCUUCAAAGAGCUCUUGCAGAAUGCUGAUGAUGCCAAUGCCACUGAGUGCAGUUUCUUGAUUGACAUGCGAAAGAAUCUUGAAAUCCGAGAGAAUCUUCUUGACCCUGGCAUGGUUAUUUGUCAUGGUCCUGCUUUGUGGUCGUUCAACAAUUCUGUUUUCUCUGAUACAGAUUUCCUUAAUAUAACCAGGCUUGGUGGAUCAAUGAAAAGAUGUGAAGCUGACAAGGUGGGAAAAUUUGGCCUAGGGUUCAACUCUGUGUAUCAUGUGACUGACAUACCCAUUAUUAUGAGCAGAGAAUUCAUGAUCAUGUUUGAUCCCAACAUCAAUCACAUCGGCAAACACAUCAGAGAUAAGUCAAAUCCAGGCAUCAAAAUCAACUGGAGCAAACAGCAGAAACGGCUAAGAAAGUUUCCCAAUCAGUUCAGACCCUUCAUCAAUGUAUUCAACUGUCAGCUUCCUCUGUCACUAGAGGCCCCCUACAAGUAUGAUGGGACCCUUUUCAGACUUCCCUUCAGAACUGAGCAGGAGGCAUCUGUGAGUGAAAUCAGUGGUAUUUACUACAAUACCACUGACAUCUACUCACUUGUUGAUGAAUUCAGCAUCUGUGGUCACCGCCUCAUUCUCUUUACACAGCAUGUUGGAACAAUGGUCUUGAAGUAUUUAAAAUGUGAGGAACCAAACCCUGCUGCUGCGCAGGAUGUGGUCACAAUAAACAAGAGUGUGUGGUCCUCCAGAGCAGCAUAUGGUCCCCUAAGUAUUCUUAAAUCUGCUGCCAAAGUCAUGAAAAAAGUUGCAGCCACCAGCAGAGUGCCAACCGAGGUACCCAAAUCUGGUUGCAUCAUCAGGAUCAUAGUGGAGGAGUACCAUAAUGUCUUCAGACGCAUAGUUGAUCUUCAGUCCCCACUUUUCAGAAGUUCUGAUGAAGAUCCAUCAUCUUACUUUGAGAUGGCAGCUAAAGGUACACAAACUAAGAGACUUACAGAUGACAUGCCACAAAAGGGAGUUGAAAAUACAAACUGGCUAAUCUGCUCAUGCAUGGAUGUGACAGAAGCUCUGAAAUUCUCCUUGAAUGAUAGUGGGAAACGCCUUGGUCUGGUACCAUGUGGAGGCAUAGCUGUGCUGCUUACCGAAGAAGAGAAUAGAAAAUGGACCAUAAAGACAAGUGUGACACCAAUUGGGGAGGUUUUCUGCUACCUACCCCUUCGAAUCAAAACUGGCUUACCUGUACACAUAAAUGGUUGCUUUGCUGUCACAUCAAAUCGCAAAGAAAUCUGGAAGACAGACACCAAAGGACAAUGGAACGCCAUUUUCAUGAGACAUGUGAUUGUCCAAGCAUACUUAGCUGCACUCAACAUGCUGAGAUCAAUGGCAGAAAGUGGAGAAUUGCUGGACUACAGCUAUUAUGCUGCCUGGCCUGACCCUGGAGUUGUCCAUGAUGAUUUCAAUCUGAUUUGUCAAGGUGUUUAUCAAGAAAUAGCCAAAGGUGCUGAUGAUGAUCGUGCAAAAGUCUUUUCAGAUGGGAAAACCUGGGUGUCAAUCAAGAAUGUCCGAUUUCUGGAUGACUCCUUGCUUUGCAGACCAGACAUUGGGUCUGCUGCUUUUAAGAUAUUCUUGAAAUACCUCAGAAAGUGUGGAUCCCAAGAUCUCUGUGCUGUUGAGCUGCCAGACUGGGUUAAGGAAGGUUUUGAUGAUGCUGGCUGUAAAGGUAAAUUAAUGGAGAACACCCUGACAGAGAAGCAGUUCUUCUCAGAUGUUUUCUUUCCCCAUAUCCAAGACAUAGAUAAGGACCUACGGGACCCUCUGAUGUAUUAUGUACUCAAUGAAAAACUUGAGGAUUUUGCUUCCAUACUUAGGGAAACCCCAUGCAUACCAUGUUCAGGGCCAUCAAAGAAGCUUGUUUUGCCAUCUCGACUCAUCCACCCAGAGGGCAGAGUGGCCAAACUUUACAAUAGUGAAGAUGGAAGGUUUCCUGAAGGAAGUUUAAGAGACUAUGUCAAUCCAGUAUGCUUGGUGAAAUUAGUGCAGCUGGGUAUGGUCAAGGAUGACUUAUCUUGGGAAGACUUGAUUGAAAGGGCUGAGUCUGUACUGGCUCUGAAUGAAAAUGACCACACAAUUGCAUGCCACAGGAGCAGCAUAAUCCUCAGUCUUAUUGAUGAAAAACUAAAAAUGAGAGAUCCAGCUGCAAAUCAGUAUCUUGACAAAUUUCAAAAUAUCAAGUUCCUACCGUUUUUGACAAAGCCAGCUGGAUUUUCACUUCCGUGGCAUGGCAACAAUUUCCCCCAGUUAACCAUGUUCUCUGCAAAAGAGCUUUUUACAACAGAACACCAGGACACUGUGUGUUUAAUGAACCCCAUUCUGAAUGAAAAUUCCCCCUCCUUUAAAGGAUGUGGUCCCAUCUCACUGGCUGUGAAGGACUUUCUUGGACUGAUAAGAAAGCCAACAGUUUCAUUAGUCAUCAGCCAGCUGAAAGAGCUCUCAAAAUCAUUUGAUGGUGUAACACUGUACCAAGAGAACAUAACCAAUGCUUGUUACAAAUAUCUCCAUGAGGAGUUGCUGCAGUCCAGUGCUGCAAAAGAGGAAAUAACGGAGGAGUUAAAAACAUUCUCCUCAAUUUUAGUUGAGAACACGUAUGUGGAGCCAUCAAAAGUAGCAUUUAACUUAAACUUUGAUGCAGCACCAUACCUUUACCAACUUCCAAACAAGUACAGAAAUAGUUGUCGAGAGCUUUUUGAAAGUGUGGGAGUUCACACAAGCUUCACUGUUGAAACAUUCUCUGCAGUUUUACAGCUGAUAAAGAAUGAAUGUGGGAGAAAACCUCUUACUGAAGACAACUUUCAACUGUCUCGUAGAAUAAUUAGUGAGGGAAUAUGGAGUUUGAUCAGAGACAAAAGCCAAGAGUUCUGUCUAAGCAACUAUGGGGAGAUACUUCUUCCUGACAGCAAUUUCACAUUACAACCAUCAAAAUCGCUUUGUUACAAUGACUGUCCUUGGAUUAAAGUUAGGGACACAACUGUUAAAUACUGCCAUGGUAAUAUUCCAAGAGAGGUAGCAGUAAAACUGGGGGCAAUUCCGAAACGUCACAAAGCCUUAGAAAGAUAUGCCUCCAACAUUUGCUUUACUACCCUUGGCAGUGAGUUUGGGCAGAAGGAGAAGCUCACCAGCAGAAUAAAAAGUAUCCUCAAUGCUUAUCCAUCAGAAAAGGAGAUGUUGAAAGAGCUCCUGCAGAAUGCAGAUGAUGCAAAAGCCACAGAAAUAUACUUUGUCUUUGAUCCCAGGACCCACCCAACUGACAGAAUUUUUGAUGACAAAUGGACUCCAAUGCAAGGCCCAUCACUCUGUGUGUACAAUAAUCAGCCAUUUACAGAAGACGAUAUCAGGGGGAUCCAGAACCUUGGAAGGGGUACCAAGGAAGCAAACCCUGGAAAAACUGGGCAAUAUGGGAUUGGAUUUAACUCAGUAUAUCACAUUACUGACUGUCCCUCUUUUAUCUCUAAUAACGACAUUCUUUGCAUAUUUGAUCCACAUGCUCGUUAUGCACCUGGAGCAACAUCUGUUAGUCCAGGAAGAAUGUUUAGAGAUUUGGAUUCAGAUUUCAGAUCCCAAUUUUCUGAUGUACUCAAUUUAUACCUAGGAAAUCACUUCAAGCUAGAACGCAGCACAAUGUUCAGAUUUCCCAUAAGAAAUGUAGAAAUGGCCAGAAUUUCGGAGAUAAGCUCAGCACCAGCUUCAGACAGAAUGGUUCAAAAUUUCCUUGAUAAAAUAAGAAUGGAUGGAGCAGAACUUCUCAUGUUUCUAAAUCACAUGGAGAAAAUUUCUAUUUGUGAAAUUGAGAAUGGCACUGGGGAUUUAAAAACUCUUUAUUCUGUAACAGCAAAAAUCACUGAUGGUGAUCGACUAAAACGUAAGCAAUUUCAUGCCUCUGUUCUGGACAGUGUCUACAAAAAAAGACAGCUGAUACAAAUUCCAGUGCAACAGAUUACAUACACAAUGGACAUAGAAGACACUGAUGGUUAUUCUACCACUUGGCUUAUAUGCAACAGAUCUGGAUUUUCUGACAUGGAGAGGGUAUCUAAGAGUGUCAUUUCAGCUCACAAAAAUGAGGACAUAACACUGUUUCCACGUGGUGGUGUUGCAGCGUGCACCAGCCACAACUACAAAAAACCACACAGAGCUUUCUGUUUUCUUCCUCUUUCUCUGGAGACUGGCCUGCCUUUCCAUGUGAAUGGCCAUUUUGCUUUAGACUCUGCCAGAAGAAAUCUGUGGAGGGAUGACAAUGGAGUUGGUGUCAGAAGUGAUUGGAACAACAAUCUAAUGAAAGUGCUAAUUGCUCCUGCAUGUGUAGAACUGCUAAUUCAACUGAAACGUAGACUCUUUCCAGGCCCCGAUCCAACCAUGACAAUAUUUCAAGGAACUCCAAUUCAUCUUGUCAGGGAUAUUUUGAGAAAAUAUUUGUCUUUCUUUCCUGUAAAUAGACUGGACAUUCAGCCAGAUUGGUAUUGUUUGGUAAAGGCAAUCUACCUUUGCAUUCAUGCAGACUUAAAAAGACUACUCCCUGUUGUCAGAGCACCCCACCUUGAUAACAGUGAUAUGCACUCUGCAGUAUACAUCUCUUGGGUGAACACCUCCACCUCAACCAAAGGCAAAGCAUUCUUUGACAAUUUACUUCAGGAUGAGUUGCAGCAUCUGAAAAACACAGAGUACAACAUAACUACAAGAAAGUCUGUGGCGGAAAAUGUUUUCCGAUUGAAGGCCAUGCUCCUGGAUGUUGGCUUCAACCUAAUCCACAGCUGUGAUGAGACAGCGAGUCUGUACUUCUGUCUAGAAGAUGCUGGGAUUCCAGUUAACUAUGUGACACCUGAAGAUGUUCGGAGUUUCCUUUUAACAUUCUCAUCUCCAGACACAUCUUGCCAAGUUGGAAAGCUACCAUGCCGACUGCAACAAUCCAAUUUCAAGCUUUUCCAUGGUUUGAAACUGCUGGUUGACUACUGUUUCAAAGAUGUUGAAGAAAAUGACAUAAACAUUGAGGGGCUCCCAUUGCUGAUGACAAUGGACAACAUUCUGCAAGUUUUUGACUCCAGACAUCCAAAGUUUCUGACCACUUAUCAUGAGCUUAUUGCAACAAGGAAAGAGCUUUUUAUGCACACACUGUACAUAAGAUACAGUAACAUCCUUCUAAAAGCUGGUGUUGCAAAGACUUUUGACAUAAACAGUUUUGGAGACCUUCUGGGAUCUGUUCUUCCCCGGGAAUGCAAAGCAAGGAGCUCAGUGAAGUGGAAGGAGAACUUUCCCACUGAAUCUUGGCUCAAGAGUUCAUGGCACUUUAUCAGUGAACAACUUGCAAAUAAGGAUGACCAGGCAGAAAACAAGCCGAAAUUUGACACCAUUCUGGAGAUCUUAAAAGAUUGGGCUCUCCUUCCAGGAAUCAAAUUCAUGGUGUCAGGUAACAAAUUAGUUGUGCCCGAGCAUGAUGUUUUGUUACCCCUGAGCCUGAUCUUUGCAGCCAUCUUCCCGAAUGGACAAAAUGACAAAGUCUUUCAUACCUUGAUGAAAGGAGGAUGCUUUCAAUUGGCUGUGAAUAAAAUAUGUGCCAAAGAGAAUCCCAUGUUGCCUUUGCUGGCUCAGCAUACAGCAAACAUAGACAAUCCUUCCAGCAUACUUCGAGCUCUUGAGUACAUGAUCCAGAUAUCUGCUUUCAAAACAGCAAGUUUGACUGAUAAAGAUUUUGAAGCUUUGCUGUUGUACUUCAACUGUAAUUUGUUGAAUCUGACCCAGGAAGAUAUUCAGUGUCUAAAACUGUUGCCAUGUUACAAAGCUGUCAGUGGUCGGUACAUAUGCAUUUCAAACUUCGGGACAUGCUAUGUUCUAACAAAGAGCAUUCCCUCAGCUGACAUUGAAAAGUGGGCACACAAUACAUCCUCAGCCUUCCUUGCUGACAAUCCACAGCUGAAAGAACUUUACGGCUUUCUUGGGGUCACGCCAAUCGAUGAUCUUGAGGUAUACCUGAAUCAUGUCCUUCUAAAAUUUGACAUUUUGUCACAUGAUGCCAAAAUCCAACAUGUCAUCUACCUGAAGGAGAGGUUAUUGGCAAUGGAGGAGCAAGUCAGCAUCAAGGAUAAGCUCUAUGAAAAACUAGAAGGUCUGUCCUUCAUUUAUGACUCCACUAAUAGACUGAAACCUGCCAAGGCCUUUUUCGAUCAAACAGUUAAAGUGUUUGAGGUAAUGCUUCCACAAAAAGCUUUCAUUCCCAAUGAUUUCUUCAGAAAAAUUGAGCAGGUGUCAAAGCCAAAAAGUGGCACAUCCUAUGUACCCUCAUGGACAACAUUCCUUCGCAACAUUGGCUUGAAAUAUGUUGUCUCUCAACAGCAAGUUCUACAGUUUGCAAAAGAGAUUAGCAUCAAAGCUCAUACAGAGAAUUGGUCCAAGGAAAAAGUUCAAACCAUUGUUGAUGUUCUUCUAAAUCACAUUUUCAAUGACAGAACAGAUCUGUUUGAUGGGACAUUCCUGAAAGAACUUUCUAUGAUAGCAUUCCUAUGCCCAGAGCGGGCACCAGCUGAGCUUGUUCACCUCCACGCUCAGUAUCAAGAAAUGAAUGGCACAGUCCCUCUUAUUCGCUUCAAUGGGUCUCAGGUGAAUCCAAAGUUCAAGCAAACUGAUAUCAUGCAGUUGUUAUGGACAUCCUGUCCUAUUCUACCAGAGAGGGCCACACCAGCAAGCAUAAAAGACCAAGAAGGAAACACACUUACUAGCCAAGAGCAGCUUGAUCUCAUUUUGACCAUGUUAAAUGUCAAUGUGGAACCACCAUUGGAAAAGGUCAUUAGCAAUUGCAAAAACAUAUGUAGUGUUACAAACCUAGAUGAUGACACAGUAAAAACAAGAAACAAGGUCUUGAGGAGCAUUUAUGAAUUCCUUAAUUCGGAUAAAAAUGAUUUUCGCUUUCAAUUACGAGGAAUAGCCUUUGUCAUGGUUGAGGAAGGUUGGAAACUCCUUAAACCAGAGGAGGUUGUCAUUAAUUUGGACAAUGAAUCAGACUUUAAACCUUACUUGUACAAGCUUCCCCUUGAGCUUGGUACAUUUCACCAGCUCUUCAAACUGUUGGGAACUGAGGACAUUGUUUCAACAAAACAAUACGUUGAAGUUUUGUGUCGAAUUUUUAGAAUUUCAGAAGGCAAGCAGCUUGACCCAAAUGAAAUGAGAACAGUGAAAAGAACUGUCUCGGGCCUAUUUAAGAGUCUCCAAAAUGAUGCAGUACAGGUCCGUAAGGACCUUGAAAACCUUAGAGAUUUGACAUUUUACCUUCCAAGUCAUGAUGGGCGAUUGGCCAAGUCUAACACAUUGGUCUUUGAUGAUGCACCGCAUUACAAAAGCCGAAUUCAGGGCAAUGUUGGUGUUCAGAUGCUAGUUGAUAUGAGCCAGUGUUACCUAGGCAAAGACCAUGCCUUUCACACAAAGAUGAUUAUGUUGCUUCCACAGAAAUUGAGACCCAGGCUCCUAAGUAGUAUCUUGGAGGAACAACUUGAUGAAGAGUCUCCAAAAAUGUGCCAAUUUGGUGCCCUUUGCUCCCUGCAGGGACGCCUUCAAUUGCUCUUGUCAUCAGAGCAGUUUAUCACUGGAUUAAUAAGAAUAAUGAAACAUGAGAAUGAGAAUGCAUACAUGGUGAAUGAAGAGAAGGCAAUACGGUUAUGCAAAGCACUGUGUGAGGGCUUAAAGGUGUCUUGCUUCGAAAAACUACAGACAACACUGCGAGUGAAAGGCUGCAGUCCAAUUCCCCACAGCCGUAGUGAAACGCUUGCCUUUCUUAAAAGGUACGGAUCAGCUGUAAUCCACCUCUACAUUCAACAUUCUGACAGCAAAGACAUUAAUUUUCUUCUUGCUUUGGCAAUGACCCUCAAGUCAGCAACUGACAACCUGAUUUCUGACACCUCCUAUCUUAUUGCUAUGUUGGGUUGCAAUGACAUCUACAGAAUAACAGAGAAGCUAGACAACCUUGGUGUCAAAUAUGACACAACGGAGCCUUCAAAGCUAGAGCUUCCACUUCCUGGUACACCCAUACCUGCAGAGAUUCAUCAUUUACUGCUUAUGGACCCCAUGAAUGUCUUUUACCCUGGAGAGUAUGUUGGCUACCUAGUGGACUCAGAGGGAGGUGAUAUUUUAGGCACCUACCAGCCAACUUACACUUACGCUAUCAUUGUUCAAGAAGUAGAAAGAGAAGAAGAUGAUAGUCCAAGUGUUCUCGGCAAGUGCUUCCAAAUUGACAUUGGGUACAGCGAGUACAAAAUUGUGAGCUCUCUAGAUCUGUAUAAAUUUUCUAGGCAAGAUGAUAGUACCCAUAUUCGGGAUGGUACACCAACUCCAACAAGCCCUAUAGAGGGUAAUUCUCCUCGUGCCAGAAUGGUCCCACCAUUAUUUCCUGGAAAGGAAAAUCGCAGAGCUCCUCCAACAGAGGCUUCCCCCAAAAAGGUCAAAUUUAAUGCAUUACCAGAAAUCCUAAAGGAAGUUAGUUCUGUAGUAGAACAAGCCUGGAAACUUUCUGAGACUGAACGCAAGAAGAUUAUCCGGCGCUUAUAUCUGAAGUGGCACCCUGAUAAAAAUGCAGAGAAUCUUGAAAUUGCUACCGAGGUCUUUAAACACCUACAGAAUGAGAUCAACAGGAUGGAGAAGCAAACACAAGCUGAGCAGACCACUGAUCGAGCAUCAAGGAGACCAUUCUCUUCGUCUUCCACUCGAUUCCAGUCAGAGAAAUUCUCAUUUCAGAGAUUUUACACAUCAUGGAACCAAGAAGCAACAAGCCAUAAGUCGGAAAAGCAGCAGUUCCGAGAACAGUAUAAUAACUAUGCAGGAACAUCACACUCAAAUCGCUUCUUCGUACCACCAUCAUUCAAGUCCGUUGGGAACCCAGUGGAGGCACGUCGGUGGUUAAGACAAGCAAGAGCCAACUUUUCUGCUGCAAGAAAUGACCUUCAUAAGAAUGCCAAUGAGUGGGUGUGUUUCAAAUGUUACCUGGCAACAAAGCUUGCAUUAAUUGCUGCAGAUUAUGCUGUGCGAGGUAAAUCAGACAAAGAUGUAAAGCCCACAGCACUUGCACAGAAGGUUGAGGAGUACAAUACCCAGUUAACAGGCCUGGCUAAGGAUGUACACAUCCUGGAGGGUUAUGGUGUGGACAGCCUGAGAACUCGUUACCCUGACCUUUUGCCUUUCCCUCAGAUUCCCAAUGACAGAUACACUUCGGAAGUGGCAAUGAGGGUAAUGGAAUGUACAGCUCGGAUAAUCAUCAAACUGGAGGCAUUUGUCCAGCAAAAAAUCUGAAUGUCGGCAUUAGACAAUGCAAAACUAACAGAUGAAUCAACAAAGCAGUGGUUGUGCAAUAUAGAUUAUAUAUAGUAUAUCAAAGUAGACCUUUUUAUAGUAAAAUGAUGUACCUAGCUGGCAUUGCAAGAGUGCCACCUUUGAUGCUGUGACCCAUGCUUAUUAUUGCGUACAUGUUUGCUACAAUUCUCUUCAAGGUUGCCUGAGCCUAAAAAAAGUGUACGCUUAACUGCAGCAGUGUACAUAAUGUUCAAAAGCAUAGCAAUACCUUUUAUUAUUUUAACUACAUUGUUUUUUCUUUGUACAUAAUGAAUACAAUGCUGCUUUUUUAUCUUUUCUAGAAAAGUAUUUUUCCUGCCAUAGUCAUUAAGUUGACGGUCUUGUGAUUUAUUAGCAUGAGUUGCACUGCACUUUUAUGUAAAUAGCAUUCGAGUGAUUGCAGAAAUUUGAGUGAAUGUCAGCUGAAAAUGUACAGUAUCAUGUAGAGUCCAGCAAUGACACACAAAUCUGUUCAUGGUUCCUUUAUGGGACCUAUAUCAAUCAUGCGCUAUUUUUUAGUUUUAUGUUGUGCAUACAAUGGUUGGUCCAUUUUAAUCCAUAUGGUAAUUGAUCCUUUCACUGUAUGUAUGAUAUUGCUCAUAUCAUUGUGUAAACAUAAACAAUGAAAAUCAAAAAUUGUUUUAAUAACUCCGUUACACACUAAAGCCUGAUUUAUACUUCUGUGUUGAGUGAUCACUGUUGUGAGCAUUUAUACUUCUGCAUUCUGUCUGUGCUACUCUGUCAAUAACUCUUCCUUGUUAAGUGUGACGUCACGUGAAUCGGCUUCUGGGUCCAAUCGCUCUAUCAAACUGUAUGGGAAGACUCAAAAAAUUGUAAUGAUAAACGUUUACAAAGCGAUGUAAUACUUUCGAAAAUCAUGAUAUAUCCAUGCCUAAUAUCCGAUGGCCAGAAAGAGAUAAAUUAUUUUUUUUUUUAUAAAUUGUUAAAAUAUUGGUGUCUAUGAUGCAGCAAGUCCCAGAUUGUAUAACUAUGCAGUUUUCAAAGCCAUUUUGUAGUAUAAAUAGUGCAAGUAAUACGUUUGCACUGUUAAUUCUAAAAAGAAUAAGUGCUCUUCAAAUAUCCAGAUGAUGCACUUAUUCAACUGAUGAACAGAGGUGUGGAAUGUUGUACAUUUCAUGGACUCAACAGUUGCAAAAGGGGAGACAAUGUUAUUGGACAUAACAGUUAAGUAAAAUGCCUUUGAAAUUGUAUGUUUUUACUUCAAACUUACUUUUAGACCUAAUCCCAAUUCUACCCCUUAGCCCUUCCCCUUACCUCUUGUCCUGUGCGUUCACGUGAAGGGGUAGGGGUGUCCCAAGUCUCUUUACCUUGAAGACGUAGGACUCUCGAAACCAAGAGGUACUCUCGAAACCAAUCACACUCGAAACCAAGAAGUACAAAAAUUUAUACCAUCUACAAUGACAGCUUGGCUGCACACGGAAGUAAGGAGAUGCACAAAUCAGUAUUUUUUUGUCAUUAUUACGAAUUUUUACAACAAACAAGCAAAUGUUUUAACAUAUUCAUAAUGGUAAUCGUGUUUUAACAUCAGGUUUAAAAAAAAAACGCUAAAAUAAAACCCCCUAAUUUCACAAUCAAUAAUCCCUGAUAAUAACUUCUGUAUAGCACCCCCACAACAUUUUGUCACUCGAUGACACUUAAAUAACCUGAAAAAAAAAGUUUAGUUGCUGUUAAUGACCAUUUUACAGUGGUAUAAUGUAAAUGUUGUUUUCUUGUGUUUACAUGGAUAAAUAUGGCCACAGUGUAAAUGCACAGUACAGCUAUGAUAAUUAUGAUAUUGUUGCCUUUAAUGAUUUCCUAAAGAUAAAUACCAAAAAAUAACGUAACUAGAAUAACUACAGCAGUCGCAAUUGUCGAUCUCAUAUUAAGCAAGUGAUCGCGAUGACAUAUGAUAACAUGUGCAGGUGUUGUAGUGGUGUCCCUUUUCUAAGGGGUAAAUUUUGAAACCCUUUACCCUUUACCAUACUCUUCAAGAGCCAAGGGGAACGAGUACAAUAAUAAAAUUGGGAUUGGGACUUACCUAUUUCAAGAUUAGCAUUAAAAUCAAGGCUACUGUUAUUUUGUGCAUUCCCAGCAGCCAUGGCACACCAUCUCUUACCAGGAUUAUUUUGGCUUGUGUGGGCAAAAAUAACCUACAAAGAUGAUUACCCCUCUUGAUGGCUAAAGCGCUAGCCCUCGCAACAGGUACCAUUUGGUAGGUAACUUGACAUGAUUUUUUUGAUGUGAGACCAUUAAGUGUCAAUGACUCGGAAAUGGUUUGAAUUUCCGGUUAGUAAAAAAUAUUAGUGUUCCAGUUGGGAUGACACAGCCAUGUCAACUUGCAGUACAAGACUGGUUACUCACCGAAGCUAAGCAGGACUGAGCCUGGUCAGUACCUGGAUAGGAGCCCACUUGGGAAAACGAGGUUGCUGUUGGAAGUGGUGUUAGUCCUAAUGCCCCAGUAAAGUAAAGGGUACACUAUACUCCUAUUGAGCGCCAUCUUUGGAAUGAGACGUUAAACUAAGGUCCUGACUCUGUGGUCAUGAAUAAUCCCAUGGCACAGAGUAGGGGUGUAACCACUGUGUCCUGGCCAAAUUCCCUCCAUCGGCCUUUAAUCAUUAUGGCCUGCAAAUCAUCCCCAUCCACCAAAUUGGCUGUAUCACUGUCUCUCCACUACCCCUAUAGCUAUUUUGUGGUGAGUGCACUGGCGCCGUUGUCCUGUGGCUGCUGUCGCAUCAUCCAAGUGGCACAGUUGGUUGUGGUGUUGUGAAGCGCUUUGGGUGUAUGGCCAUACACAAUAAAUGCGCUAUAUCAAUACAAACAUUACAUGACACUAAGGUCCAAUCCCGAUUCUACUCCUUAGCCCUUCCCCCUUACCCCUACUCCUCGUUUUGCGUGUUCCUGUGAAGAGGUAGGGGUGUCCCAAUUCUCUUUAGCUUGAAGACGUAAGGCUAUGGGGACGGGGUAGAUAGCCCUUUGAAUGAAGAUUUUUCAGGACCACACGAAACCAAGGGGUAAGAAUAUUUCCCAGAAUACACCAGCCACAACGGCAGGAUAGUUGCACCCGGAAGUAAGGAAAUCCACAAAUUAGUAUUUUUUUUUUUUGUCAUUAUUGCAAAUUUUUACAACAAACAAGCACGUUUUAAUAUAUUUAUAACCACGUUCAUGUUUUGCCAGCAUGCUUUAAAAAAAUGCUAAAAUAAAAGCCGCUAAAUUUCGUGAUCUAUAAUCUACAAUAACUCCUGUACAGCUGUCCCACAACAUUCUGACACUCGUUGACACUUGAAUACCCUGUCAGAAAAGUCUAGUGGCUGGGAAUGACCUUUUUACAAAUUUUAACGUUGUUUUUUGUGUGUUUACAUAGAUUAAUAUGGCCACAGUGUAAAUACACAGUACGAUGUUAUUGCCAUAUAUGAUAAUAUGAUAUAUGCCUUCAGUGAUUUCUUGAAGAUAAAUAUCAAACAAUAACGCAACUAGAAUAACUACAACAGUCGUGAUCGUCUGGCCACUACGGUGGCCAGGAAGUGCAAAACAACAUUACAAGUGUGAAACGCACUUACGAAGCUCGAGACAAAUGUACAUUUUGAAAAACAGUUUUACCUAUCAUAAGACACAAUUACAUAGGAAAACGAUUUUACCAAGGACGAAACAAAUUUACAUUUUAGAAAAAAAAUUAAAAAGAUGCAAAACACUUUUACCAGUCUCGAAACAAAUUUACAAUUACAGAUUCCUUACGGAAAGGGAAUGUACCACACACUGGAAGUGACCCCGAAGUUGAAGUCCACUCAACACAGAAGUAUUAAUUGGCCUUAAGAUGUAACAUAACAGCAGGUUCACUACUGUUUACCAGUGCAGUUACUUUGUCUUGUUGCAAGAUAAACAAAAAAUUUUUCUAACACUAUUCAAUUUUAAUUGGCUAGGCACAUCUUUAUUUCUCAUGAGGACGCUCACAUGCAUAUAUAUGUGAUACUCGAAACAUUUUCUCUUGAAACUUGACAUAUCAGUUGAUUGUUGUGGCUGUAAACAUCACAGUUCUUCAGAAACACUGGUUAAAUGUAUUUUCUAUAAUGUACAAUGGGAACCACUUGUCUUCUGAGAAUUCUUUGCAUGAAAUUCUCUGAGAUUUGUGUAAGAGGGACAUCGAUGCUCAUAUGGUGCUCAAUGUUGACGAUGACUUUUUUCAUCCAUUUUUCUUUGUUCAACUGUGAGAAUGACACUGAAAUUAAACACUGGCUGUACAUUGUUUUGACAGAUA